GGUGGCGAGGCGGCCCAGGCCACCUGCAAGCUUGCUUUGAUGGGCAGGCCCGACACUCGUCUUGAGGCCGCUGACUCACAGGCGCUACAUAAGUGCACUUGUUUAGAUAGUAGGCGAGAUCAGGCAAGGGUUCAAGGUGAGGAAGCGCUGUGAGAUUUGCGCCUUCUUUCGGCGGUUGGUGCGAUGUUGCGGGCCGAACAGGGAUAGACAAGGCCAUGUAAACCACGCGGGAAGCUGUCGGAACUUUGCUUCCUACGACGCCCAGAAAUACGACUGUUGGAGAGCAGAUGCAGGGCGAGGCGAGUCCCGAAGAAGGUUGCAUCGCAAGGAAAGGUCGCACACAAGGUCGCACACUGUCUACAGUCAUUGAUGCUAGUUUUGGGCCACAAAACUAGAGUAUCCACGGUAACCGGUCGGGGUUUGGGGGCACUGCGGCGAUGCGGGUGAAUUCUAGGGGACCUUACUUGUCAUUUCCCACACGCUUUAGUCGCGAUUAUAGCUUUACAUAAAGAUAUAACAGCCCGGGUCUCACAUAUAACUUACAUGCCCUUGUGGAGCUCGCAUGUUGCGCGACAUGAUGCAUGAUGCCGCGCGGUCAUGUGCAAUCCGCAGGUGCUUGCUCAUUAAUACGGGCACAUACACAUGUAAAAUAUUUCUGCACAAGGGAGAUCUUUCCCAGUACCCCGGACCCUCUUACAAAAUGCAAGCCCUGCGUGCACAAACGUCGCGUUCUCCACAGACCUACUCAAACACAUGUCCGAUUCUCAGCCGGGAACUGACCCGGUGCACCACGCGGCGUCCUGGGUGCGUCCCCACUCGUGCAACAGUCGUGCCAUGCGCGCAGCGGCAAUCGCAACAAGGAGUAGAGGCGUCUAGGGCGGUAACGUCGGCAACCCCGGACGCGCCAGAGCCGGUGGUGGAGCGCGUCAGCAACUCAAGCGGCAGCCGAAAGGCCUUUGCCAAGGCCUUCACCUCGCUGCUCGGGCUGCAGCUGGCCAAACCCGAGGACCUGGAUCCAGACACGCUGCGAAACCCGCCCUUUCCCCGCUACACCCCCGCGCUGUCCGAGCUCAGCGUGCAGCAGCUGCGGCCGUACUUCCUCAACCGCACCUACACAGACACAGACGUGGGCUACCUGGCCUUCUUCUCCGCCAUGCACCUUGUGGCGCUGGUGGGCGGCCCGCUCACCUACAGCCCGGAGUGCCUGCAGCUGUGCCUGGCGGGCUACGUGGUGACGGGCAUGCUGGGCAUCUCCAUGUCGUACCACCGCCAGCUCAGCCACAAGUCCUUCCGCUGCGUCAAGCCGCUCGAGUACCUGCUGGCCUACUGCGGCGCCCUGGCCUUCGAGGGAGACCCCAUUGAGUGGAGCAAGAUGCACCGCUGGCACCACCUGCACUCCGACACGCCCGCCGACCGCCACUCGCCGCGGGACGGGCUGUGGCACAGCCACAUGGGCUGGCUGUUCGAUGAGGCGCUCAACAGCACACGCCGCGACGCGCAGGGAAACAUGAAGGACUCGCUGUCACCGCCCUGGUUCUACAAGGAGAGCCCAGCCUUCUACGGCUGGCUGAGAGACACCUACAUGUACCACCAGAUCGGGCAGGGCGUGUUCUUCUAUUUGUGGGGCGGCGUGCCGUACCUCAUUUGGGGCUUCGUCAUCCGCGUGCUCUUCACCAUGCACAUGACGUGGCUGGUCAACUCGGCCGUACACAUCUGGGGCGAGCAGCGGUACCAGUCUGACGACAGUUCCCGCAACAACUGGUUGGUGGGCCUGCUGGUGUUCGGUGAUGGGCACCACAACAACCACCACGCCUUCGAGUACUCGGCAGCCCACGGUCUGGAGUGGUGGGAGGUGGACAUGUCGUACUACAUGAUUCGGAUCCUGGAGCUGACAGGGCUGGCAUGGGACGUGAAGAGGCCCUCGGCCACGGCGAUGGCGGCCAAACGGCUGCCGGGCAAAUAGACAAAGCAGGUGGGGUUGCAUGGCCCUCCUCGUCCCACCCCCUCCUCCCACUGCCCCCACCACCACGAUCGCACGAAGCGCGAGCACAGAUACACAUGGACUGCAUGGUGUUUAUGCAUACUCAAAGGCUGCUGGACCCAUGGGCGGAGCUACGCACACCCCCACCAGGCAGAGAGAUAGCGGCCCCUGUCCAGGCAAGGCUGCGCCGUUGGUCAUAAUAUGGGGCUUCUUGCUUUUGAGGUCUGUACUGCAUGUUUGCAUCAGUGCAUGGUGCGUAUGUAUUGCGGUGCGGCUGGCUGGCAAUUAGGACGGUUUGAGAAGCGGCCAAGGACUGUCUGGUACGCGCACGUGUCCUGCUGACUUCAAUCACACGCGGGAUCCUAUCCAUGGAAAUCCCCUCGACCCAGCCCACCCCGCGCUCAACUCUCUGCCGCGUGACGAAUGGACAGUGUGCAUCGGCAGCCUUUUCAGGCGUGAAUUCGUGCGCACCAGCGCUUGAGAGCCCAGCCGUGUCACUGCACUUGUGUCGAAUGUGGGGACAUGUGCCGACAUGUCCACGCCCGGACGCGCAACUUAGCCUUGCUACGCUUUGUUUGUGCGUAGUACGGCAUGUCGUGCACAUAUGAGCCUCGUAGUGCUACGUUUGGCCCCUAGUUGUGCUUCCCGAAAUCCGCCAGGAUGGGCUCCCGAAACCCGACGGACCCCCAGGGACGACGACCGGCCCCCCAACUGUGGCGGCCCAGAACUUCCUUAUCAGACCACCCCUGACAAAACUAGAAGAAGUACGUGCGAAGCUCUGUAAAUUUGAGCAUGG